AUGACGAAGAAAAUCCCGUCGUUCGGCUCUUUCGGCUCGUUCAGCGAACAUCAGUCGCAGUCUCAGUCCAACCUCCAGCAUCGCCCGCUGGCCACACGACCUCAAGAUGACACCAUUCACCGUACUGGCUUCCACCCCGAAGCCUAUACUAAGCCCUUCUGCGAGUUCAUGACUGCGAACCCAACGAUCUUCCACGCCGUUGCUGCGUUCGCCGCUCAGCUGGAAUCCCACGGAUACACCAAGCUCACCGAGCGUGAGACGUGGUCUUCCAAGCUCAAACGCGGAGGUAAAUACUACGUUACCCGCAACGACAGUGCCAUCAUCUCCUUCGCAGUAGGCAAGGAAUACCAGGCGGGCAAUGGUAUGGGAAUAGUCGCUGGCCAUGUUGAUGCGCUGUGCACGAAGCUCAAGCCAAUUCCAAAACUGGACAACAAGGCCGGGUAUGUCCAGCUCGGGGUUGCGCCGUAUGCUGGUGCCAUGAACUCUACCUGGUGGGAUCGUGAUCUCGGUAUCGGUGGUCGGGUUUUGGUCCGUGAUGCCAAAACUGGAAUCGUUGAGAAGAAAUUGGUCAAGUUGGACUGGCCGAUUGCUCGAAUUCCUACCCUCGCUCCUCACUUUGGUGCCGCUGCCGUUGGACCCUUUAACAAGGAGACCCAAAUGACGCCUAUUAUUGGAGUCGAUAACUCGGAUCUUUUCAAGGGCCCGAAACAAUCAACUGUGGGCGGGGAUGAGGAGGCUCUGGAUGCCGGCAACUUUGUGUCCACCCAGCCUGAGGACUUGGUUAAGGUCAUUGCCAGUGAGCUAGAUAUCGAAGACCCUAACACCAUAAUCAACUGGGAGCUCGAGCUAUUCGAUAUCCAGCCAGCACAGGUUGGCGGUCUGCACAAGGACCUCAUCUUCGCUGGCCGCAUUGACGAUAAGUUGUGCUGCUACAGUGCUCACCAGGCACUCCUAUCCUCCCCCGACAGCGCCUCCCCCGGAAUCGUCAAGAUGGUAGGAAUGUUCGACGAUGAGGAAAUUGGCAGUUUGCUUCGCGGCGGAGCCAAUUCCAACUUCAUGAGCAGCGUCAUGGAGCGAAUUGCCGAAACCUUCUCUCAUUCUUAUGGGCCCAAUGUGCUCUCCCAGACUGUCGCGAACAGCUUCCUAGUCUCAUCCGACGUCACCCACGCCGUGAACCCCAACUUCCUCAACGCCUACCUCGAGAAUCAUUCACCACGAUUGAACUAUGGUGUUGCCAUUUCCGCCGACCCAAAUGGCCACAUGACUACUGAGGGCGUCAGUACCGCCCUUUUCCAGCGGCUGGCCGAGAAGUGUGGAUGCAAGCUUCAGGUGUUCCAAAUUAGAAAUGACAGCCGCAGCGGUGGUACGAUUGGACCGAUGUCGAGCGCGCGAAUUGGUAUGAGGGCUAUUGAUGUUGGAAUCCCACAGCUGAGCAUGCACAGUAUCAGAGCUACGACUGGUAGCCUUGAUCCUGGCCUCGGCGUGCAGAUGUUCAAGGGUUUCUUCGAUUACUUCCAGGACGUCGACAAGGACUUUGAGAGCUUUUAG